GGCCAGCAGGCGUGCAGAGCAGGCGCAAGGCGUGUCCUCUGCUAGUCUGCUUUUGUCCUCUGCUAGUCUGUUUUUUGUGUUCCCAUGCCGUGUCAUGCAUACUAUUGCAGUACAGUAUGUCGGUGUAUAGGGAGCCUAGUGUGACCGAUGAGCACUGCGCUGCUGGUACUAUUUUGUCUCCAACACACCUUUUCUCCGGUAAAGUUAUAGUGUUGACGUGUUGUUCAACAGGUGGCGCAGGAUUUCACAUAAAUUGAGUAGGAACAGUAGUGAGCAUGCAUGUCAAUUGUCAAAGGAGUGGAUGCACUGCACAGUGCACGCAACACAAACACACACGUAGCUACAGUGAAUAGUGAGUAGCGUUGAAUUCCUUUCGUACAGUUUAUUGUAUGAGUGUUUUGUUUUUACCAAACUCAAAUGCCAAACUGUUGGAGAUACAAUCUUUUUUCACUUGCCAUAUGUUUUAGCCACUUGUCAAAUCAUAAGAUUUGCCAAGUAAUUUUUGGCAAACUGUUGGAGAUGGUUGGCAAGUUUUGGAAGCCAACUAAUCAUUAGCUAAAACCAUGGCUUGUCAAAUCCUUAGCUGGGUAAAUUUUGGUAGCCAACCAAUCGGUUUCUAAAAGUUUCACAUGGUUAUUACAUCUGUGGAUUUACUGCGUUCAUUUGUGCAACUAACUAAAUAUACAGUUUUCGCGUCAUCCAUCAGCAUAAUCCGCAGCCCAGCAAGAUGGGUUUUCUAUUCAUCUCCUUUUCGCCACCCAUGUUCCUGUUCAUCUACAGUGCUGCUUCCCUGGCCGUCGGAUCCUCCCUUCAACCAUUGGAUGCCAUCCACGCUUCCACAUCAUCAGAAAAAAAAAAGAAAAAAAAAAGAAAAGCUCCCUCGAUCCUUCCGUGCCGCGUCGACGCCAGCGACAAACACCGCUACCAGUCCAUUCCGACCUCUGGCGCGGCCCCGACCCGCCUCGGCCCCCACGACCUCAGCCGCGUCCUCCUUCCCCGCUCCGCGCGCCGCAUACAGCCGCCCUGCGCCCCCCGCCGCUCCGCAGGCUGCCGCUGCGUGGCCCUGCAGCGCCGCACCCUCGAUUCCGGCGACCUCCCUCGCGGGGGUCCUCCGCCGGCCGGCGCGGCGCGUACAGCCGCCUCGGUCGCCGACAAGGCGAUCGAGCAGAGCAGCUGUCUCCUCUCACUACUCACGACGGCGGCAGCGCUGGCGCGGGAGCUCCUGGACGCGGCGCGCGCGCCGGAGUUCGCGGAGUGGCAGCUCGGCGUGCGGCGCCGGAUCCACCAGCACCCGGAGCUGGCGUUCCAGGAGCACCGCACCAGCGCGCUCGUGCGCGCGGAGCUGGACGCGCUCGGCGUCCCGUACGCCUGGCCCGUCGCUCGGACGGGUGUCGUGGCCACCGUCGCCGGCGCCGCCUCGGGCCCCGUGUUCGCGCUCCGGGCCGACAUGGACGCGCUCCCUCUCCAGGAAUUGGUAGAGUGGGAGUUCAAGAGCAAGGAGGACGGUAAGAUGCACGCCUGUGGCCAUGAUGCUCACGUGGCAAUGCUACUCGGAGCUGCUAGGCUGCUUCAGUCUAGGAGGGACCUUUUCAAGGGUACAGUAAAGCUCGUGUUCCAGCCGGCCGAGGAGGGCCACGCCGGCGGGUACUAUGUCCUCAAGGAAGGCGUCCUGGACGACGUGCACACCAUCUUCGCCGUGCACGUGGACACUGCCCUACCGGUGGGCACCGUCGGCUCUAGGCCGGGCCCGUUCCUCGCCGGGUCAGCUCGGUUCACGGCGACCAUCACCGGGAAAGGCGGCCACGCGGCGGGGCCCCAGCUCGUCGUCGACCCGAUCGUCGCGGCCUCCUCCGCCGUGCUGAGCCUCCAGCAGCUCGUCGCCCGCGAGAUCGACCCCCUGCAGGGCGCUGUGGUGUCCGUGACCUUCAUCAGAGGAGGCGAAGCUUUCAACGUCAUUCCAGAGUCUGUGACCCUGGGUGGCACCUGCCGGAGCAUGACAACUGAAGGCCUGUCCUACCUCAUGAAGAGAAUCCGAGAGGUGGUACAAGGGCAGGCCGCCGUGGGGCGGUGCACGGCGGUCGUCGACUUCAUGGAGGAGAAGAUGAAGCCAUAUCCAGCCACCGUGAAUGACGAGGCAGUGUACGGCCACGCCAAGGCGGUGGCCGAGAGCAUGAUCGGGGAGGCCAACGUGAGGUUGUGCCCCCAGUUCAUGGCGGCCGAAGACUUCGGCUUCUACUCGCAGCGGAUCCCAGCGGCAUUCUUCAGCGUCGGCGUCCGCAACGCCGAGACGGGGAAGAUCCACCACGUGCACUCGCCGCACCUCGACAUCGACGAGGCCGCGCUCCCCAUCGGAGCCGCGCUCCACGCCGCCGUGGCGAUCGAGUACCUGAACAAAUAGGCGUCUGCGCCAAGGCCAAAAGCUGCAGCUAGCUAUUGACAAUGCAUACCGUUCUGCCAUUUUGUUCAUCGCAGGGGCCGACCAUUACAUGCAUUUGUGGAUGGCUCGUAUAAUAUUGCUCAUCUUUAUAAGCAGUAAGUACUGAACAUAGAAAAAAAAA